CUGGCUAUAUAAUGGAUGCCAUCUCCGGCCACUUUUACGUGAAUCGGCGUGUAGACUCAGAAACCCUCGCGAUGGCCAAGAACAGGAACAAGAAGAAGCUGAAGGGCUCCACGGCCAUGGAAACCUCCAGUGAUACUGCUGCUGAUUGUCCUCAAGCAAUGGAAAUCUUGGAUGCUGUUCUUUCAAAACCGUCACUUGGUGUCCUUAAUAGAACCAUCAAGAAGGCAAGGCUCUUGAAAAGAUCAAAAAACCUCCGGAAGCAGAAGGCCAUUGAAAGGGCCAUAUCUAAGGGCGAAAAGAUGGAGGAGAAGGCCUGCAAAAUGAAAAGCAAAGUGCUUAGAGUUCAAUCGGCCAAGUCAUUGUAUGAGUAGAUUUUAAUUUUCUAAGCAACAAUUUUUUUUUUUUUUGAAAAAAAGACUAUCCGCAUUUGGGUUGAACUCAUCUAAUUCCAACUCAUCUAUUGGAAUUUUGUUAUCUGCCGAUACGGCUCAGCUUUUUGUAGAAAUGACUUGAUGCUCCAGUUCUUCUGAAAUUUGUUAUUUAUCUAUAUAAAUCUGCUAUUUCUAACGA